UUGAGUUUUGUAGGAAUUAGAUCCAUGGGUGACUACUUUGAAAGGAGAAUGGAUUAUGGCAUUGACCUAAACAUUCCAUUGGUUUCUCAAAAUAGCACUCAAAACAUGAUGAACAUAAGAGCUGCAUACAAAGAAGUCCAUCAAACUACUGCUACUACAAAUGUUUCAACUUUGGUCACAAAACAAGGCUAUGUUGCUAGAUCAGUUUCUCACAAUAUUCAUGUUGAACCAAUGUUUUUCAUUGAUUCUCUCCUUGUCAUUGCCAACCACGGAGUCCCAAGAGAUCCUGGACGUCGCCGCUACCGCCGCCAUGGACAACCUCGUCCAGCUUGUUCAACUGAUCCAUUAAGAUUUUGCACAAAUCUUCAUUGUAUGACAAGAAAAACUCCCAUGUGGCGCUCUGGACCUAUUGGACCAAGGACUUUGUGCAAUGCUUGUGGAAUUUACUAUAACAAACAUGUGAUACGUGGAAAUAUUCCUGCAAUUAUAAUCCAUGAAGAUGGAUCUUCAUCUGUUUUUGUUCCACCAGCUAAAUAUUUGAAAAUAUAUUCUUCAACUUCUUAA